CAUUACCUGACGCUGACACUGGACGAGGCUGAGGGGCUGCUCUACGUGGGGGCUCGGGAGGCCCUGUUCGCCCUGGCCACCGGCACUGUGGAGCUGAAGGCAGCGAUCUCCUGGGAAGCCCCGGUGGAGAAGAAGGCUGAGUGUGUGCAGAAGGGCAAGAACAACCAGACCGACUGCUUCAACUACGUGCGGUUCCUGCAGAGCUACAAUAGCUCCCACCUCUACGCCUGCGGCACCUAUGCCUUCCAGCCCAAGUGCACCUACAUUGAACUGUCCGGCUUCACCCUGGACCAAGUGGCAUUUGAGGAUGGCAAAGGGAAGUGUCCCUAUGACCCCACCAAGGGGCACACUGGCCUCAUCGUGGAUGGGGAGCUCUACUCAGCCACCUUCAACAACUUCCUGGGCACGGAGCCUGUCAUCUUGCGCAACCUGGGCCCGCACUACUCUAUGAAGACGGAGUAUCUCACCUCCUGGCUCAAUGAGCCCCACUUCGUGGCCUCGGCAUUUGUGCAGGAGAGCUCGGGCAGCAGCACUGGCGAUGACGACAAGGUGUAUUUCUUCUUCAGCGAGCGUGCAGUGGAGUAUGACUGCUAUGCCGAGCAGGUGGUGGCCCGGGUGGCCAGGGUGUGCAAGGGGGAUGUGGGCGGUGCCCGGACACUCCAGAAGAAGUGGACGACAUUCUUGAAGGCCCGUUUGGUGUGCUCAGCCCCGGAGCAGCAGCUCCACUUCAACCGGCUCCAGGCUGUGUUCACCCUGCCUGGGGCUGAGUGGCAGGAAACCACCUUCUUUGGGGUGUUCCAGGCCCACUGGGGGGACGUGGAUGUCUCGGCCAUCUGCCGGUACCACAUCCUGGAGGUGAAGAAGGCAUUUGAGGGGCCCUACAAGGAAUACCGGGAGCAGGCGCAGAGGUGGGGCCGCUACUCGGAUGAGGUGCCCAGCCCCCGGCCCGGAGCGUGCAUCACGGACUGGCACCGGCAGAACGGCUUUGCCAGCUCCCUGGAGCUGCCCGACAACACUCUGAACUUUGCCAAGAAGCACCCACUGAUGGACGAGCCAGUGCGGCCGCAGCGUGGGCGCCCACUGUUGCUCAAGAAGGACUCCAACUUUACCCAGCUGGUUGUGGAUCGCGUGGCUGGGCUGGAUGGCACCAUCUAUGAAGUGCUUUUCAUCGGCACAGGCAACGGGUGGGUGCACAAGGCGCUGGAUUUGGGCACUUCCAUCCACCUGGUGGAGGAGCUGCAGGUGUUCGAGCCGGCACAGCCUGUGGAGAGCCUGGUGCUGGCUGGGAGGAAGAAGCUGCUCUUCGCCGGCUCCCGUUUCCAGGUGGCCCAGCUACCCCUGGCCGACUGUGGGCGGUACCAGUCGUGCACAGACUGUGUCCUGGCACGGGAUCCCUACUGCGCCUGGAGCCGGAAUGGCAGCGCCUGUGUCUGGAUUGAUGGGCAGAAUGGGUCCCACCUGGUGCAGGACGUCCUGAGCUCCGACACUGGUGCCUGCUCCGUCCCUCAGGCAGCCAAACAAGGGCCACUCACCCCCAAGAACGUGACGGUGGUGGCAGGCACCGACCUGGUGCUGACGUGCCGCCUGGGCUCCAACCUGGCGCGGGCACAGUGGACAUUUGAGGGUCGUGCGCUGCCAGCCGAGCAGGCGCUGGUACUGAGCGACACACGGCUGCGGGCGCUGGUGGUGCCGGGCGCCGGUGCCCAGCACAGUGGCACAUACCGUUGCCUGGCCGAGGAGCAGGGGGCCCCCCUGGGUGCCCAGGAGUACCGGGUGGCUGUGCUGGCGGGGCCCAGGGUGCUGCUAGAGGCACGGGCGCCUCUGGAGAGCCUGGGUGUGGUGUGGGUGCUGGCUGUGUGCCUGGGUGCCCUGUGCCUCGUACUGCUGCUUGCCGUACUCUCGCUGUGGCGGCGCCUGCGUGAGGAGCUGGGCAAGGGCACCAAGGCCAUCGAGAGCACCCUGGUGUACCCCAUUGAGCUGCCCAAGGAACCGCCCAGCCCCCGCUUCGUGUCCAGCGCCACCUCCGACUCGGACGAGAAGCUCUGGGACCCCUCCAGCUAUUACUACUCAGAUGGGUCCCUGAAGAUCGUGCCUGGCCAUGCCACCUGUCGCAAUGGCGGCCCUGGCACCGCCACCUCGCCGCCCGCUGCCAUCCCUGGGCAGCCCCUGCACUCACCCACCCGCAUCCACCUGGGCCCCCUGCGUGGCUCCUCAUCCAACGGGUACAUCCGGUUGGCGCUGGGCGCCGAGGAACGCCCACCCUGUGCUGACCUGGCUGAGGAGCUGCGGCGGAAGCUGCAGCAGCGCCAGCCCCUACCUGACUCCAACCCUGAGGAGUCGUCAGUCUGAGCUGGAGGGAAUGGCACCAUCUACCUCAGGGCCCCGCCCCAGACCCCAGGGUGGGCACCCUGGCCUAGGGACUGGCACCGGCACCCAAUUUGGGGCUGGGGGGUGGGUGCUGGCACCUGCCCUGGGGACAGGAUUGUUGCCUCAGUGCCAGUAUCCACCUUGGGAACUGAUAUGAUGGCACGGGUACUCGCCUUGGGGACAGGGUUGUCACCCUGAUACCCAUUUUGGGGACAGGAUUGUCACCCUGGUGCCAGCACCCACCUUGGGGACAGGAUUGUCAGCCCAGUGCCAGUACCUAUGUUAGGUACUGACACACGGGCACUGGCACCCACCUUGGGGACAGGAGUGUCAC